AGAGGGAGGGAAGUAUGAACACCAUGGAGUCCGCACACCUCUUCUCCUGGCUGCUCUGCACCGGCCUCCUAUCCUCAGGGCUGGCCCGAAAUGUGCUGCUUCUAGUCGGUGAUGAUGCUGGCUUUGAGAUGGAUGUAUAUAACAACACAGCUAUUCAAACUCCUCACAUGAAAGAGCUGUCCAAGAGGAGCCUCAUCUUCAAGAAUGCUUUCACCUCUGUAAGCAGCUGCUCUCCUAGUAGAAGUGCUAUUCUGACAGGUCUGCCUCAGCACCAGAAUGGUAUUUACGGCCUUCAUCAAGAUGUUCACCACUUUAAUUCCUUUGACGAUGUGAGGAGUUUACCUCUGCUUCUUAACCAGGCUGGCAUCCGGACAGGAAUAAUUGGGAAGAAGCAUGUGGGGCCCGAGUCUGUCUACCCAUUUGAUUUCGCCUACACAGAAGAAAACAGCUCAGUGCUGCAAGUAGGAAGGAACAUAACACGGAUCAAAGUGUUGGUCAGAAAAUUUCUACAAAGCAAAGAUCAAAGGCCAUUCUUUCUCUAUGUCGCUUUCCAUGAUCCCCAUCGUUGUGGACACUCCCAGCCUCAGUAUGGAUCAUUCUGUGAGAAAUUUGGAAAUGGGGAACCUGGAAUGGGACGAAUUCCAGAUUGGAAACCACAGUAUUAUACGGCUGAACAAGUUCAGGUCCCUUAUUUCAUUCAAGACACACCCAGUGCCAGGGCAGACAUUGCUGCGCAGUAUACAACAAUUGGCCGGAUGGACCAAGGAAUAGGUCUGAUCCUCUCUGAACUGCGUAGUUCCGGACAUGAAAAUGACACUCUUGUAAUAUUCAGCUCUGACAAUGGAAUCCCAUUUCCUAAUGGACGUACUAACUUGUAUUGGUCAGGAAGAGCAGAGCCCUUACUGAUCUCUUCUCCUCAACAUCCAGAGCGCUGGGGACAAUUCAGUGAAUCCUUUGCAAGCCUACUUGAUAUCACACCAACCAUUUUAGAUUGGUUUUCGAUUCAGUAUCCCAACUACAAGAUCUUUGGUAAAUCUGUACAGCUGAGUGGCAAAUCCCUUCUUCCUGCUCUGCAGUCAGAUCAGCCCUGGACAACUGUAUUUGGCAGCCAGUCUCUCCAUGAGAUUACCAUGUACUAUCCAAUGAGAUCAGUCCAGCACAUGCAGUAUCUUCUUGUACAUAACCUGAACUUUAAGAUGCCAUUCCCUAUUGAUCAAGAUUUUUAUGUAUCGCCUACUUAUCAAGACUUGCUAAACCGAACUGUGUCUGGACUGCCCACAAACUGGUUUAAAACACUCCACAGCUAUUAUUAUAGAGACCGCUGGGAGUUGUAUGACCGCUCAAAAGAUCCUGAAGAGCUAAACAACUUGGCUGGUGAUCCAAACUACCAUGACAUAUUGUACAUUAUGCAGGAAAUGCUGAAGAAAUGGCAGUGGGAGACUUCUGACCCCUGGGUCUGUGCACCUGAUGGAGUCUUAGAGGAAAAGCUAAAUCCAGAGUGCCGUCCACUUCACAAUGAACUUUAACAUGCCACCAUCUGUUCAGUGAGACCUUAAAAUUGCAUUUACUGUAAAUAAUAAUAGAAAAUGGUCUUCAUCUUGUCAUGUCUGGAAACCCAUAAAACACUCAGAAGUAA